UUAAAAUCAACCACACCAAGGGAAACCUUUAAUUACCAUCGUACCCUAUUCGCUCCAUUUCCCUCAGACACUGAACUUCAACCACCGGAAAGAGAUCACGGAGCGCUAGUGACUCUACUCUUGGACGAUGGAAAGCGAAGCAGUGAUUGAGUUUCUCGGUUCUGUUUCAUUACUUCAAAGGCUGCCGAGCACUUCUAUCAAGAAAAUCGCUGAAUUGGUUGUCUUUAAGCACUACGAGCGUGGUGAGUAUGUUGUGCGUGAGGGGGAGGCCGGGGAUGGAGUUUAUUUCAUAUGGGAAGGAGAGGCAGAGGUCUCGGUUCAUCCAGAUGAAGAAAAUCGUUCGGAAUUUCAAUUGAAACAAUAUGAUUACUUUGGUUAUGUUGGUACGUCCUCUUCUGUUGAUCAGCCAGAUGUGAUUGCUUUGACUAAGCUGACCUGCUUGGUGCUGCCAAAAGAGCAUUGCACUCUGCUUCAGCCAAAAUCAAUGUGGAAUGCAGAUAAGACAGUUGAGACGUGCUCCCUUGUGGAGAGUAUCUUGCACUUGGAUCCGAUUGAAGUGAAUUUAUUCCAGGGAAUCACCUUGCCAGAUGCUCCAAAAUUUGGAAAGGUCUUUGGAGGACAGUUUGUUGGACAGGCUCUGGCAGCAGCUUCUAAAAGUGUUGAUUGUCGUAAGGUCGUGCACAGUCUGCAUGCCUAUUUUCUUCUAGUUGGGGAUUUUAAUAUUCCAAUAUUAUAUCAAGUACACCGAAUACGUGAUGGGAAAAGCUUUGCUACCCGUCAAGUAGAUGCAAUACAGAAAGGAAAUGUCGUCUUUAUGCUGCUUGCUUCAUUUCAAAAAGAACAAGAGGGGUUUGACCACCAGGAGGCAACAAUGCCACCAGUUCCUGCUCCUGAAAUGCUUUUAUCAAUGGAAGAGCUACGUGAGAGACGUCUUACUGAUCCUCGUCUUCCGAGGAACUACCGGAAGAAAGUGGCCACUACAGAAUUUGUCCCUUGGCCCAUAGAGAUAAGGUUUUGUGAGCCUAACAAUUCCACUAAUCAGACGAAAUCUCCUCCGAGUUUGAGGUAUUGGUUUAGAGCAAAAGGAAAUCUUUCGGAUGACCAGGCUUUGCACAGAUGUGUAGCAGCAUAUGCUUCAGAUUUGAUAUUUCUUUCAGUUAGUGUGAAUCCCCACAGGAGAAAGGGUUUGAAGACUUCUUCUGUGAGUUUGGACCACUCGAUGUGGUUCCACCGGCCUUUUAGGGCUGAUGACUGGAUAUUAUUUGUGAUUACGAGUCCUGCUGCCUACGACACCCGGGGUUUUGUUUCAGGCCAAAUGUUUACAAGAAAUGGACAGCAUGUUGUGUCAUUGACUCAAGAAGGGCUACUUAGGAGGAUUAAAGCACCAGAAUCAGCUACAGCAUCAAAGCUAUGAUCAAAUUUGCUCUACAAUGCUCACAAUGGGCACUGUAGUGAAGUUGAACUCCCUUUUUCUCUCUAUUUUAUUAUAAGAGAUUAAUUAAAGCCCUUCGGCCUAUUGUGAUUUGGAAAUUAUAAUCACACUCGGCUUACUGUUAAAAUAUUUAAUGCGACUAUAUUUUCAUUUGAAGGAGAAACAUUUUUUUGCUUCACCAGAGAUGGUUUAGCAUAAAAAAGGGGAUCAUGUAAUGAAGUCAGAAUUCGAAUUGUGAUGUACAAAUUAUUUCUUCAUGUGAUAGUUACACUAUCUUCUAUCUUUUUUA